AAAAAAUGUCAUUCAGAGGAGGUUCUCGUGGAGGUGGUCGUGGUGGAUUUGGUGGUGAUAGAGGUGGUAGAGGUGGAUUUGGUGGUAGAGGUGGUGGCCGUGGAGGCGGUCGUGGUGGUGGUAGAGGUGGAUUUGGUGGCUCCGGUGGAAGAGGAGGUGAAGAAUUCCCACCAGAAGAAAUUAAGUUUGCUGGUCAAUUUGAAAAGCCUGCUGGAACAGAAUUCUUGUUCAAGUCUGUUCUCGAUGGUGAAAAGCUCGUUCCAUUGUGUAACUCCAAUGUAUAUACUAAAGAUAAGACCUUAAUCGGUAAAUUGAAGGAAGUUUUGGGACCAAUCAACCAAGUGUAUUUCUCUAUGGAAAAGGAUGCUAACUUUAGAGGAAACGUUGCUAAGGGUACUGAAGCUUAUCUGAAUACAAAGAGAUUGUUACCAUUGGAUCGUUUCAUUCCUCCAGAACCAAAGAAUCCACUCAUGCCAAAGGAAAAGAAGGCCGGUGGUGGUGGUCGUGGUGGAAGAGGAGGCCGUGGAGGUUUCGGUGGUCGUGGUGGAUCCAGAGGUGGAGAUAGAGGUGGUCGUGGUGGAUUCGGUGGUGACCGUGGUGGUUUCGGUGGUGGUCGUGGUGGUGGCCGUGGAGGUUUCGGUGGCGACCGUGGUGGAUUCGGUGGCGAUAGAGGUGGCAGAGGUGGAUUUUCUAGAGGAGGUGGCAAAUUUGGAGGAAAGUUCUAAAUGACCAAUUUAUUACCAACAAUCGACAACACACACAUUCACACAAUUUUUAUCUAAUACCUAGUUAAUUAUAUAAAAUAUAUUAAAAAAUUAAUUCUCUUAAAA